AAUAUUAUUCUGUGGUUGCGGUAGAACCUUGUAUAGACGGUAGUUACAAAUCUGAAAUCUUAAUUCUUUGUUGUGUAUUCGUUGCGCGGUUAUCCAUAUAACCGUGAAAUGUGAAUCGUGAAUCUCGUAGUGUUACUCUAUCCUAUGAUUUAAGUCAUUUGAAACGGUAGGUGUUCAAAUUACUGGAUUUGUGAUUUAUGUACUGCGUUCAGCGUUUUACUGUUUUCUGAUGGUGUUGCUAAACCCAGAUUUUGUCUAUUUUUGACAUUUGAAACCAUAUGACUUGUUUUAAACAAUACCUUUUUUCGGCAGUUCUAAAUUUCUCUAGAUAUGUUUAAUCUGACGGGAUACAGAUCUAUGUCAAAUACAUUGAUCAAUUGGAUAUGUAUAUCAUGUAUUAGUUCUUCAUUAACAUUAUUAUGGUUACAUUAUAAAAGGAAAAGAAAUAAAAGCUUUACCAAAGUACUGUUUUAUGAUCCUACUAUCAAAUCAACUGAUUGCAAUUGUUUUCGCUCAUUUAAUAUCGACUGUUUAUCUCCAAAUUGUUCAAGCUUUAAAACCAAAGAAAUCAUUUUUUGCUUACAAAGAGCAAGAAAGUCAAUGGAUAUUUGUGUAUUUUCUAUAUCUAAUAAACCCAUUGCAAAUGAGAUUGUUAAUGCCCAUAAACGAGGAAUAUUGGUAAGGAUUAUAGUUUGUAAUUGCAUUUUAGUCAUUUCAAAUGAAAUUAAAAUGUUUAUGAGAGCUGGAAUUACAUUAAAAUAUCAAGAAAACUAUACAAAUAGCUAUAUGCAUCAUAAAUUUGCUAUUAUUGACUCUACGUGGUUAAUUCAUGGUUCCAUGAAUUGGACACAUCAAGCUACUCAUGACAAUUGGGAAAGUAUCAUGAUAACAGAUCUACAAAGUUUAAUAGUUCCAUUUUCCAUAGGUUUUGAAAAAACAUGGCAAAAAACUAUUUUGAUUCCACCUAAAAUACGUGAUUUAACUAAAAAUUAGAUCUUAAUAAAACAUA